AGCGUGGAAGAGACGGCACGACUGAAAGCAGAGAUUGAUCGGAGAACGGUGGGAAACGAAGACAAUGGAAGCGCAGAAGUACGUAUGGGAAGGAGCGAUUCCUCUCCAGAUCCACCUUCACGAAUCUGACGUCACCACCCACCCCCCUCCUCCUCCGGCUCUGAUCUUGGCUCCUCGGCUAGGGUACCUGCCGUUGUUAGCUCCACUAAUAAAGCCUCACUUCAGCGCCACACUUCCUCCGGGGGUCGACACUAUUUGGUUUGAGUACAAAGGGUUGCCUCUCAAGUGGUAUAUACCUACUGGUGUUCUUUUUGAUCUUCUCUGUGCAGAGCCAGAAAGGCCUUGGAAUCUCACGGUACAUUUUAGGGGGUAUCCAGGAAAUUUAUUGACACCUUGUGAAGGUGAAGAUUCUGUGAAAUGGAGCUUUAUUAAUUCAUUGAAAGAGGCAGCUUAUAUUAUUAAUGGAAACUGCAAGAAUGUCAUGAACAUGUCCCAAUCAGAUCAGGUGGAGCUCUGGGAUUUUGUCAUGAAUGGUAAUUUGGAAGGAUACCUGCGGGUCUCAUCAAAGCUUAAACUUGGAACAGUUGAGGAUGAGUAUGCAGGUUUAUACUCAUCAAAAUCUCGGCAUGGCUCUGGUGAGAAAGAUUUGGCUGGACAAGUUAAGACAGGUUAGCAAAAGCUGUCAUCAUGCUUCAAGAAUUAAGAGUUGGCAAGUCUUUUCUCCCCCCAUUUUUUCUUUUAUAAAAUGAUGUUUUGUUGAGAGUUGGCCUUUUUUUACCAUGUGAAAUAAAAUUCUUUAGCAGAUGUGGGAGGGUAGCAAAAUGUUAUUUUGGUGCCUCGAAUGAUUCUUUACUUUAUACAUUGUCUCCUCAUUUCAUCUUCCCAUGCCUACCAUUUCUUUUAUGAACAAACAUAAUAUCUUGGCAUUAAUUUGAUAACUUGGAUCAUUGACAAACAUGAAACAUGGAUAGCACGAUCUGUUAUUUGUGCAUUAGACACAUUACAGCUUAAUUACCCCUGUUUUGGCCAAAAUUUUCAUCUUAGUAUUUUUAAGCUUUGUCAGGCAGAAUUCCAGUUAGAUUGUAUGUUCGGGUUUUCAGCGAGGAUAUUGAUGAUUUAAAAGAUGUACCUCAAAUUGAUAGCUGGGAUCAGAUCUUUUAUAUUAAUAGGCCUGUUGAGAUUCCUGGAGAAGGUAAGUACUUGACUUUACUCGAGGCAGUGAAAAGUAUACUUCCAGAAUAUUUUUCAGCCAUAAUUAACAAGGAAUCAGCUAGAGUAUGCAUCGAAGAUGGACAAAAGGAUUCUCCAGAAGAUGCAAGCUCUAAUAGAAGUGCAGAAGACCAGGGAGAAAAUACACCUGAACAUGUUGAGUCUUGCACUUCAAGUAAUGCUGUAAUCAAGCUUCUUCGUAUUCAGGGGAUUGAACCAAAGUUUGAGAUUCCCUUUUCUUGGGUGGUGAACAACUUGAUGAACCCAGAGUAUUUUCUUCAUAUCUGUGUUCAUAUCAAAGUUUCACAAGUAAAUACCAUUUGACAAUGUUAAAUAUUGGUUAUUUUUUCUGCCGCCUCUGGUGUUGUCAUUGGUUGGCAACCUCAUAAAAUAUUGAUUACCAAUUUACCAUAUAGAGUUGUACAGAACAACAAUUGUGAAUAUGUGAAUUACAUCUACAAGUGGACAGGAAGUUUAUAUUACAUUUAGAUGUAAACAUUUGUGUCAUUAUGUUACGUUUUGGAGCUAAGCAGCUACGUUUUAGGCAUCUACUUGCAAAAGCUUGGCUCGGUUUGAUGUUGUUGAGUGAGUUCUAUAGAUUUUAU